AUGAACAGCACACCCUACGCCAGAGAAUGGUCGGAGGGUGUCCGACAGCUCAUCAUGGAAACGGAUCAAGCAUUUGAAUUCGGUGGAUCUUCUUUCGCCGGUUUCUCCACGAGCCUCGAUCUCCCUCGAUUUGAGGAGUCCGUGUUACUCGAUGGCCACUUGAAUAUCUCUAACCCCGAACUUGUCUCUCCCAGGUUGGUGGUUCACCCUCCCCAGGAUGAAUCUGAAUCCGAGGAAGAAGAGCAAGAGGAGGACGAAGAGUACGAGGAGGAAUUAGUGGUAGAAGAAGAGCCAAUCGAGCCACAACAGCCACCAGUCGAGGAGGAGCAACCCGAGGAACCAGAGCAGGAGCCCAGACCCUCGCAAGAAAUGCCCACCCGGAGACCCAGGGAACAGGCCAUUCCCGACUUGGCUGAGAGGAGAAAAUCACGCUCUGUACCACCCCCGAUCGCUGUGCGAAAGGCGUCGUUGGAUAAGGCAUUGCCCAUCACUCCCACAAAGGCUCUCACUCCUACUACCCAAAAGCACCUGCUAAACAUCUCGCAUAACAUGACACCUCCCCUACCUAAACCUUCCAAGAUGAGCCCCCGACUACCCAAGAUUGGUCGCCAUGAAAGCACCAUGAAGAAGGGCCACACUCGCAACAAGAGCGGCUCCGGCGAAGGAAAGUCAUGGGCUCGACCCGUCACUUCAAAAGUUGCACGCUGGGCGCUGCCUGACAACAUGACGGAUCUCUUCACUGGCAAAGGCUUCCGCAAAGUCGAAGUCGACGAGAUGCUGACGCCUCAGCAGCUUGCCCUCCUGAAGAAGGAACGCGAGAUGGUCCGCAGGAAGCAGAUUGCAAAGAACAACAAGGAAUGCCACGAGGCCGUAAAGAGAGAAACAUUGGCCAAGCUGGAGCUUGAGGCUGCCGCAGCCAAGGCUGCUGCUCUCCGUGAGCACGAUGCCAGGGAAGCUACCGCACUGGCCAUUGCCAAUGCCUCAAUCGUCACUCCCGAGUUGUCACCUCAAUCAUUUGGAUCACCUGGAGGCCCGGAGCAGCCAGCUCAAUUUGCUGUCUCGCCUCUCCUCUCCAGCGAUUACGUCCAGGACGAUGCCAACAUCGCCCACGUAUUGGGCGACGAAAGUGACAGAGGCCUCGCAACUGUCGACCUCCUGGCCGUCCCCGAGGGUGUUGAGGCAGAGUUCAUCGCCCCCUUGAGAGCGCCUCCUACCCAGAAGCUCCCUGAUCUUCCCAAGGGUGCCAAACUCAAGAGAAAAUUCAGCGACGAGUUUUUGCCGGAGGAGGAUGAGGAUCAUAUUUACCUCAAGAGCACUCCUUUCUCCCUUACCCUCCCCGCAUUCCGCCAUGGACGAAUCACCCUUCCCAAGGCCGACAAGGCCGCCGUGACGAUGGACGAGACCCUGGACUGGACUGCCUUUCAGAUGGCCAUCCUUGGUGCUGGCGACAUGGAUAGCGACAUGUUCGAGGACGAGGACAUCCGACUUACCGAGGAGAUUGCUUCAUGGUUUGACCACUUCGGCUUCGAGCAUGCUGGUAUGCUCAUCCCGGAGCUUAUCCCUUCACCGCGAUCUUCCCACAGCACAAUCUCCUCGGUUGAAUCCGAGGGAGACUUGUCAAUCGCAUCUGUCGAUGAGCCACAGCCUCUGUUCGCCACCGCCGACCCCAGCCAGUUCGAUAGCACCAAGUUCUUCCGAAGCACUGGUCUGCGCUCAUGGACACUGGACGGUGCACCCAAGAUGAAUCGCGCAUCUACCCCCCCACCUAUGGCGCUCAUGCACGCCGACCCAAAGCAGGGCAUCGCAUCACCCCGAUCUGUCGUAUCCCCUCGCAGCCCAAUGGAGCCCUUGGUCCUUGGCGGCGACGAUGGCGAUGUCCUCGAUGAUGACCUCCACCAUGAGGAGCAAGCCCAGAUGGGUUACAAUCUACACAACGACCUGGGCGACUUCCUCCAGUGGGAGGCACAAGCCUUUGGCGUUGGCUACUACGGGGCUCAUUAA